AUGUCGGCACAGGUCCUUCCCAGCGAGCCGGCCCUCGCUGGGGGGCAGAUGGAGAUGCCGCCGCCUGAGGUGAAGAAGUUCCUGGGAGGCAUUCCAACGCCCACGCUCGACGUUCCCGUCACAAUCGUCUUUCUCGUCCUGUUUUCCCUGGGCGCCUACUUGCACAUCAGCGUCUACAAGGCCAACGCCAAGCGCGGCCACAAGUUCCUCCUUUCGAGUCUCAUGUUCGACUUCUGCAUGGUCCGAGUCACCACCUGCCUCUUUCGCAUUCUCUGGGCCUUUAUCGGCCUCCAGGCGCCCGGCAUCGUCCUGGUCGCCAAUGUCUUCCAAAACGGCGGCACCAGACUGAUCGCCAUGCGUCUCAGCGCCGUCGUCGUCUUCGCCGUCAACCUCUUUUUUGCGCAGCGCCUCAUUCGAGCCAUGCAUCCUUCCAUCGGCUGGCACCCCGUCUUCAGCCGCUACUCCCUGUUCCUGAUCUGGACCUGCCCGGCCGUGACCAUCAUGAACAUUAUUGCUGUUUGCGUCAACUUCCUGGUACCCGCCCGGGCGCAAGGGGCUGAGACGGUGCUGCAAGUAGGCGCCUGCUGGAACAUGAUGCUGGUUGUCACGCCUCUCUUGUGGCUGUUCAUCGCGAGCGCCAAGCCGGGCCCGACGCCCGAGAACUUUGGCACUGGUGACUUCCGCGCCAAAGCAAGUUUGCUCGUCUUUAGUGCCUCCGUCAUGACGGUUGGAGCCGCCGUGAGGUUAACCAUAGCCUUCAACCACAACGGCCCCGAGCAGCUGUUCAGCAAAGCCUCGCUGUACACUACGCAGUUUAUUCUCGAGUACUUGGUGGUCGCCGCAUACGCCUUCUUCCGCAUUGAUCAAAUCUAUCACAUUCCCAAUGGGUCAAGUGGACCGGGAGACUACUCUUGGAAUGGGUGCCCCAAGCGUGGGUUAUGGACGCCAGAGGACAUUGAAAGAGAAAUUGGCAAGCUUGGUGUCCGCUACGAUAUUCUCACCUCUAGAGGCAUGAACAAGAAGGGGCCUGUAUUUGCGUUGCUGUACCCGGCCUGCAGUGAGCAGCCUUUUGCCCACGACAACAAGGACUUACCACAAGUGCCUCCAGAGUACGUGGAUGGCUUUCUCCCUCCGAGGCCUCGAAGGGUGAGCCGCAUGGACAUUCUUACUGGUAGCUAUUCCCCCGAGCGACCUCCGCGGUCGAAAAGGACGACCAUGUUUAUGACCAAGGACGUGGAGUUGACUCCAACAAUAACAUCUUCACCAUACCAGAAAUUUUACGAUUAG